UAGCGAGUGGCGCAGGGACCCAGCGGGCUGCUGGGGCUUCUGCGGCGCCCGCCUACGCUCCCUCCCCUCGGGCGCUCGGGGCGCCGACUGGCGCCGCCUCCCGGGAAGAUGGCGCUGCACUUUCAGAGUUUGGCUGAAUUGGAAGUAUUAUGUACUCAUCUCUACAUAGGGACUGAUCUUACACAAAGAAUAGAGGCUGAGAAAGCACUCCUGGAACUUAUUGACAGCCCAGAAUGUCUCAGCAAGUGUCAACUUUUAUUAGAACAAGGAACAACAUCCUAUGCUCAACUCCUUGCAGCAACAUGUCUUUCAAAACUUAUUAGCCGAGUCAGUCCUUUGCCGAUUGAACAAAGAAUAGAUAUCAGAAACUACAUUCUUAAUUAUGUGGCAUCACAACCCAAGCUGGCUCCCUUUGUCAUCCAAGCUCUACUUCAAGUUAUUGCUAAAAUUACUAAAUUGGGGUGGUUUGAGGUUCAGAAAGACCAGUUUGUCUUCAGAGAAAUUAUUGCUGAUGUGAAGAAGUUUCUUCAGGGUACUGUGGAACACUGCAUAAUUGGAGUAAUAAUCCUCUCAGAAUUGACUCAGGAAAUGAACCUGGUCGAUUAUUCUAGACCUUCAGCAAAACACAGGAAAAUAGCUACCUCAUUUCGUGACACUUCUCUUAAAGACAUUUUAGUGCUAGCAUGCUCUCUUCUAAAAGAGGUGUUGGCCAAGCCUUUAAACCUUCAGGACCAAGGUCAGCAAAACCUAGUAAUGCAAGUCUUGAAACUGGUCCUCAACUGCCUUAACUUUGACUUCAUUGGCAGUUCAGCAGAUGAAUCUGCAGAUGAUCUUUGUACAGUACAGAUUCCAACAACUUGGAGAACAAUUUUCCUGGAACCAGAAACAUUGGAUCUUUUCUUUAAUUUGUAUCAUUCACUUCCACCACUCCUAUCUCAGUUAGCACUUUCAUGUUUAGUUCAGUUUGCUUCUACAAGAAGGUCCUUAUUUAGCAGUCCUGAACGUGCCAAGUACCUUGGUAAUUUAAUCAAGGGAGUAAAAAGGAUACUUGAAAACCCUCAGGGUUUGUCCAAUCCAGGUAAUUAUCAUGAAUUUUGUCGAUUUUUGGCUCGUUUAAAGACAAAUUACCAGCUGGGAGAAUUAGUUAUGGUGAAGGAGUAUCCUGAAGUUAUCAGAUUGAUUGCUAAUUUUACCAUUACUAGCCUACAGCAUUGGGAAUUUGCUCCCAACAGUGUUCAUUAUUUAUUAACUCUCUGGCAAAGGAUGGUAGCAUCAGUUCCUUUUGUGAAAUCAACUGAACCCCACUUAUUAGACACUUAUGCACCAGAAAUCACGAAGGCCUUUAUCACUUCUCGGUUGGAAUCUGUUGCCAUAGUUGUGAGAGAUAAUUUAGAUGAUCCACUGGAUGAUACCGCCACUGUGUUUCAGCAGUUGGAGCAGUUGUGCACUGUUAGCAGAUGUGAAUAUGAGAAGACAUGCACUCUUCUUGUACAGUUGUUUGAUCAAAAUGCACAGAAUUACCAAAAGCUGCUGCAUUUAGCUUCUGGAAUAACUGUGGACAUGGCAAUUCAGGAAGGACGUCUUGCCUGGCUGGUAUACUUGGUUGGGACAGUUGUUGGAGGAAGAUUAACAUAUACCAGUACAGAUGAACAUGAUGCUAUGGAUGGAGAAUUAUCCUGUCGAGUUUUUCAGCUUAUAUCUUUAAUGGAUACCGGAUUGCCUCAGUGUUCUAAUGAGAAAAUAGAACUUGCAAUUCUGUGGUUCUUGGAUCAGUUUCGUAAAACAUAUGUUGGUGAUCAACUUCAACGAACCUCAAAGGAUGUAUGCCUGAGGAGUGAUGUGUCCAGAGUUCCAGAGAAGGCUUGGAAAAUAGUUCAGGUAUAUGCCCGUAUGUCAGAAGUCUUAGGAAUAACAGAUGACAACCAUGUUCUAGAAACAUUCAUGACGAAAAUUGUUACAAACCUUAAAUACUGGGGAAGAUGUGAGCCUGUCAUUUCAAGGACUCUUCAGUUCCUAAAUGACCUUUCUGUUGGCUAUAUCCUUUUAAAAAAACUUGUGAAGAUAGAUGCCGUGAAAUUCAUGUUAAAAAAUCACACGAGUGAACACUUCCCCUUUCUUGGCAUCAGUGACAGUUACAGUCUCAGUGACUUCAGGUGCCGAACAACCUUCUACACAGCCCUCACUCGUCUUCUGAUGGUAGAUCUAGGCGAAGAUGAGGACGAAUUUGAGAAUUUCAUGCUGCCUCUUACAGUCUCUUUUGAAACAGUGUUACAGAUAUUCAGUAACAACUUUAAACAAGAAGAUGUAAAGCGUAUGUUGAUCGGGCUGGCAAGAGAUCUUCGAGGGAUUGCCUUUGCACUGAACACAAAGACCAGCUACACCAUGCUGUUUGACUGGAUGUACCCAACAUAUAUUCCCAUUCUUCAGAGGGCUGUUGAGCAGUGGUAUGGAGAGCCAGCAUGUACAACUCCCAUCUUAAAACUUAUGGCAGAACUGAUGCAAAACAGAUCCCAGCGUUUGAACUUUGAUGUAUCAUCUCCUAAUGGAAUUCUUCUCUUCAGAGAAGCUAGUAAAAUGAUUUGCACUUAUGGUAAUCAGAUCCUGUCCCUUGGGAGCCUCUCAAAAGAUCAGAUUUAUCCAAUGAAACUCAAGGGCAUCUCCAUCUGCUAUUCAGCUCUCAAAUCUGCCUUGUGUGGAAAUUAUGUCAGCUUUGGCGUCUUCAAGUUGUAUGGGGACAACCAUUUUGACAGUGUACUCCAGGCCUUUGUCAAAAUGCUGCUGUCAGUGUCCCACAGUGACUUGCUACAAUAUCGGAAACUGAGCCAGUCUUAUUAUCCACUCCUGGAAUGUCUCACCCAGGACCACAUGAGCUUCGUCACCAACUUAGAGCCUCCUGUACUCCUGUAUGUUCUCACAUCUAUCUCAGAGGGACUCAGUACUCUUGAUACAGUUGUCUCCUCCAGCUGCUGUACCAGUUUAGACUACAUCGUCACCUACCUCUUCAAGCACAUAGCAAAAGAGGGCAGGAAGCCACUUCGAUGCAGAGAGGCUGCCCAGGCUGGUCAGAGACUAUUACAUUUUAUGCAGCAAAAUCCAGAGGUCCUGCAGCAGAUGAUGUCUGUCCUCAUGAAUACCAUUGUCUUUGAAGACUGUCGGAACCAGUGGUCAGUAUCCAGGCCUCUCCUGGGGCUCAUCCUGCUCAACGCGAAGUAUUUCAGUGAACUGAGGGCAAGUCUGAUAAACAGCCAACCUCUCCCCAAGCAGGAGGUCCUUGCCCAGUGCUUCAGGAACCUAAUGGAAGGAGUGGAGCAGAACCUGUCUGUCAAGAACAGAGACAGGUUCACCCAGAACCUCUCCGUCUUCAGAAGAGAUGUGGCAGAGGCCCUGCGCAGUGAUGGCAGCACCGAACCGUGCAGUCUGGACAUGAUGAGCUGACCCGACUUCUGACCAUGUGCCGAGCAACUUUUAUCAAGAGGCUUGUGGGUCUGGAUCCCAGGACAGUGAUGUUGGCUAGCCCAGGGGAAUCUAUUUUUCAAAACAAACAAACAGCAACAGCAAAAGCCCUACCUUUUUAUAAGCCUGGCCUAAUUAUAAGAAUUUAUAAUAGCGCACAAACAAUGUAAAUUCAAUCUUUGCACUGAAAAAGCAAAAGAUGUGUUUUCAGUCUUUCUAUAAAAUAUCAUUUAUCUUUGUUCUUACAAUGCUCUGAAAGGGUGUAGAGACAAUAUUUAACCAAAGAAUAUAAUAAACCAGGUUUACACCUAAGUGUGUACUAGUUAA